CGCGGGUCAAGCUCCUCGGGCUCUAGAGCUGGAGCUGGAGGAGUCAUUGGUGACAGUGGUGGUGGUGGUGCGGGCCAAUGCGCCGCUAACAUGCACCCGGUCCUGCCUACCGCGCUGCUACUCUGCUGGCUCGCCCUCGUCGAAGGCCUGCCCCUGCAGCCCAUCGCACCGGGCCGAGGGAUCAUUCGUAGCUCGUACAUCCUACACUACGAGCCGGCCUGGUACGAUGCAUCCGUGCUGCGCCGACACCGAGAUCGAGUGCGCCGUGACGCUUCGUGGCUCGCGAAGGAUCAGCCGCUUAUCCUGCGAGUCCGCGCCCUCGACAAGCAAUGGACGAUGCGUUUGGUGCGCGAUUCCAAUUUGUUUUCAAACGAUGCAGUUUUCGAGGGAACUGACGGCCCCAUCAACUUCGACACGAGCCACUCGUACACCGGCACAAUACUCGAGGACGAGAACGCGUCGGUCCAGGCCGUCGUGACGGAGGACGGUCUGCUGGACGGCAGCGUGGUGACGAGCCUCGACGAGUACUACAUCGAGCCGUCCAGCAGAUACUCGAGCGACGAAGACGACACCUCGCCGUACUACCACACCAUAGCCUAUCGCAAGUCCGAUGUCGAGAAGCCGAGCCAGCCGCUGCGCUGCGCCAGCCAGGAUCUCAAGAAUGGCAGACUUCGGGAGUCGUUGCAGAAGCCCGGAUCGUCGAACGAUACCUCGGAGCCGCUCUACGAACACUUGCUGGACAAUGAGGUCCAAUCGCACGGCGGAUUCUACUCGAAGGAGUUCACCGAGCUCCCGGAAGUGCAGCGCGAUAAUCUCGAAAGGAUAUACCAGGAGCACCAGCAGGAGCGUCACGCGAGGCACCUAAACAAACGCGACACGGUGGACCCGCGCAAGACGACCUGCAUGCUGUAUCUCCAGGCGGACCAUCAGUUCUUCGCGCGAUACGGCACGGAGGAGGCCUGCAUCGAAGUUAUGACCAGGCACGUGCAGAAAGUCAACGAGAUCUACAAGCACACCGACUUUAAUCAAGACGGGCGACCGGACAACAUCAGCUUCAUGAUAAAGCGAGUCAAGGUGCACAGCGGUGACGCUCUGCGGGACCCGAACUACCGAUUUCCCGGCAACUACGGCGUCGAAAAAUACCUCGAGCUCUUUUCCGAGGAGGACUACGACGCGUUCUGCUUGGCGUACAUGUUCACGUACCGGGACUUUGAGAUGGGCACGCUGGGAUUGGCCUGGACCGGAGACCUCAAGAACGCCGGCGGAGUAUGCGAAAAGAACGGGCACUACCGUGGCAGCAUGAAAUCCCUGAACACCGGCCUGGUAACGCUGCUCAACUACGGCAAGCACGUGCCACCCGCGGUCUCGCACGUGACCCUCGCCCACGAGAUCGGACACAAUUUUGGCUCGCCUCACGACCCGGAGCAAUGCACGCCCGGCGGCGAGGACGGCAAUUUCAUAAUGUUCGCCCGUGCGACGAGCGGCGACAAGCGCAACAAUAAUCGCUUUAGCCCGUGCAGCCUGACCGCCAUCAACCCUGUGCUCAACACCAAGGCUCGCUCGCCCAAGGGCUGCUUCACCGAGCCACAAGCCUCGCUGUGCGGCAACGGCGUGGUCGAGGACGGCGAGGAGUGCGACUGCGGCUGGGAGGAGGACUGUCGGGACUCGUGCUGCUUCCCUCAACGGCGCUACCCACCCGCCGAGGAGGUGCCCUGCACCCUCACCCCCGGCUCGAUUUGCAGUCCCAGCCAGGGCCCGUGCUGCACGACCGACUGCAGACUGAAGUUCGGGGAGAAGUGCCGCGAGGACAACGGCUGUCGGGACGCGAGUUUUUGCGACGGACGUACCCCGUACUGUCCCCCCUCGAUCAACAAGCCCAACAAGACCAUCUGCAACAAAGAGCUCGUUUGCUUCAUGGGGGAGUGCACAGGUAGCAUCUGCCUCGCCUACGGACUCGAGUCCUGCCAGUGCAUCCCCCUGCCCGACGACCCGCCCACCAAGGCCUGCGAGCUCUGCUGUCGCGUGCCCGGAGAGAAUCAGCCGUGCCUGUCGUCGUUCGAUUGGAACUCGCCGCCGUACGACAUUCCGGACAUGUUCGCUAAGCCGGGGACGCCCUGCAACGACUACAUCGGCUACUGCGACGUGUACCAGCGCUGUCGGGAGGUCGACCCCAGCGGGCCGCUCGCCACGCUUAGGAAGCUGCUCUUGUCCGACGAGAAUCUGGCCACCUUCAAGCGAUGGAUGUACGAGCACUGGUACGUCAGCUCGUUGGUGCUCAUCGCUCUUCUUACUCUGGUGGCGAUCGUCGUGAGAUUGUUGCCGAAACGGGAGGGCAAGAAGCUCAAGUCGGUGACGAUAAUCCACAGCUCGACGACGGAGACGGUGAGGCUGCCACCGGAGGGUGCGGAGGGCGUGACGGUGCAUCCACCGGCGGUGAGGGCGAAGCUGCCCCUCAGCAAGAAAGUCCGGGAGAAGCGUCGCCGGCCCAAGCGUAAGAACGACGCCCACGACAAGGCGGCCAAGGUAAAACGAAAGCGCGUGGUAGCCGCAGCCGCGGCUCAGCAGGCGGGCGUCCAACCCCCGGACGAGAUUUCCCGGAAAGCACGGCAGGUGGGCUCGGCCGUCGUGCCCGAGGUCUCCUCGCCUCCCGUCCUCGACGCGACGACGAGCAAGCCUGCCCCGCCGCCGCAGUCGUCGUCCUCCGCGCUCCAGCAGUUCAUGAAGCGCAAUGCGAAGGACAAGCCGGAAAAAGCCCCGGCCGACAAGAAAAAGUCAAACGGCCAGCAGCAACAGCAGGUGGCCCAGCAGUUGCGCAAAAAAAAGGAGGUGAUCGACUACUCGGCAGCUCAAGCCGAGAAGACCAACGAAGCGGUCCCGGUGGCAGUGGCAAGUGGGCCGACGGUUCCGGCGUCGGUGCCUGUGGCGCUUCCCGUGGCUAACAACCCGGUGCCGACCCCAGUGGUCAUCGGUACCGUCGCCGGAGCCGAUCCCAAGACCAAAGUGCGCUCGUGGCUGCUUGCCUCCCACUGUCGCGUCGACGCGCCAAAGACCGCCACUGCUGUGGCUAACGCUGCUGCCUCCAUUGCCGUUGGGUUGCCCAAGAGCAAGAGCAACCCCGUGAACCUCCAGGCGAAUCCUGCCGUCGUUUCUACCGGGGGACUGGCGGGAAGGCCCGUUCCGCAGACCGGUCGGAGCAAUGGACGGCAAGUGACGCCCUUGAGGAGGCUGACGGGCUCAAAGUCGCGGAGCGUCGGCAACCUGGCACGCAACGACACCACCAGCGCGGUGGCGGCAGCCGCGGCGACGAUAAACGUCGGAGGAAGCGCCCCGCAGCCGGCGAACCCGCGGACCGACAGGGCCCGGCUGCAGGUGCUGUACAAGCCGCCGUUCAAGUUCACGGUGAAGCUGCGCAAAGCCGACAAGGUGGGCCAGGUGCCGGCCACGAGGAGCUCGAACGCCAACCAGCAGCAACCAACAGCGGUCCCGAGGACGGGCGUGCUCGUGCGGACCCUCGCCGAGGGCAAGAAAAUCAAGAGCAGCAAGGGGAGCGCGGCGGUGGCCAAGGAAAGUCGCAAGCGCAAGUCGAAGCCUAAUCGGACCUCCUCGAAGCUCAGCCAAGCGUCUUGCAUCGGCGAGCCGGCCAACUCGGAUCUGCACACCGUGCCCUCGGACCUCGAGGUCCUGCUGUCCGAGAGCGAGUUUUUGUUCUCGGACACGUGAUCGGCGUCGAGGGCCACGGGAGCCCGGUGAGAACCACGUCGUGAUAUCGCACUAGUUGUAAGCUUGUAGCCCGCGGUUGUUUGGAUUAUCGUUUAUUAUAUGAGAUGACCGGUGAUUGAUGAACGAGCUUUUUUUUCCAGUGAUACCGAAUUUUGCCAAUUUAAUUUUUACGAUCCAAACUACCGCGAUUUCAGAAUAGAAGAUGAAUUGUACAUAAACGUGACAGCCGAUUUACGGGAAUCUCCGUCGAUUGCGGUGCGUGUACUUAGUCAAGUGAUCGAUCGAAACUAAGCUCCCCUAGACUCGUUGUAGAUACGAAUGAAACUAAUAAAGGGAGAAAUACUGCCGAGUGCACUCACGUCACGUGUAAGGAAACAAAAGGCAGCGGUGUGAGUUUCGCGCUCUCUUUGUACAUUCGAUGUCUAAGGUUUGCUGUGAUUUUUGUAUUUUGUUUGUUUCUUUUUCUUUUUUGUUCUUUUUUGUUCUUUUUUUUUUUUUCUCCUGCAGGCCUCGUGCGCUCUCUGCAGGUAAAAGCAUGGGAAAAAACGGGCUCGGAGUGGCGAAAAAGUAAAUACAAAAUAAGGUGAUGUUCCUACGAAAGAGAACAGCCACCCUCAGGACUGUAGGCACGCGCGCGCGCAGAACUUUUUCAUUUGUACUUUGGAUGGCCUCUGCGUCUUUUGUUUACCCCCAACCCCCGCUCCCUCUCAAAAAAAAAUAAAUAAAAAACGGAGAACGUCUGCCCUCCGGCUCUUUCUCUCUUUCGGUUGAAUGAAAAGAAACUUGAUAAACUGACUCUUUUCACGUCUUGUAGACAUUCCCUCCCUGUCGUUAAUUUUUUUUUUUUCUUUCUUUUCUUUUAAAUCGCAAGCGCGCUUUUUAUCCACUAGCCAUGGCUUCUUUGGCAAAGUCGAAGCUCGAUAAAUACUUACCCGAUCACUUUGCUUCGGCUUCUUUUUUGUCAAGUCCGCGUGGCCUUUUCGAUACUUUUACGAGAGGACGAGCUUCGGUGGGUUUUAUACAUUUUUUAUUCUUUUUUUGUAUCAUACACUCACAAAAUAAAUAUUUUAUAAGCUAAUUUAGACCUUUCCGUGGACCGAUUUACCCACGAGUUGGUGGAAUGGAAGUUUUCUUGGGUAACUUUUAAAGCGAGAGUACACUUUUUAAUCGACCGUAAAUAAAGAAUCGAUUUCCCAAGGUUUUCAGAUGGUUAUGACUUAUCACCAUUUGAACGGGUGAUAAAUAUCGUUUUUCAAUUUCACGCGUGACAAAAAUACUUUAGAUUCGAGACUGCGUUGAUUUCGUUUAAAGAAUCUCUCUCUUCACUCUCGAAAAACGUAAUCAGGCCCUUCACGUGGUUUUAAACUUAUUCAAAUUAACAUAAUGAAAAUAUAAUUGACUAAAUAUGAAAAAUUACUCGAGUACAAAUGAAAUAACAGGGUAUUGAUUUAAUUUAUUUGAUCACCAAACUGCUUAGUUAUUUUCACGUAGUCAAGCCAUAAAUCUGUGGCAAGUAUCCAACCCUUUGAUGUUGUAAUAGUAUCGAGAAACACCUGGAUUACAGUGCAAUCGACUGGAAAAGCACUUACCUACACGGCCGUGUCACUGUAUAGCUGGUACACCGCGUCGCAAUAACACACGGGACGCGAGAGCGAAUCCGAGGGAGAUUAUCGGCAAAGGAAUCAGGGGUGUGCGCUCACAUUAGCCGGCAGGAGGAUUCGGUCGCGUGGAUGCGCCACUGCACGUGCCAGCCCGUCCUCUUUGCCUCCAUUAAGUAACAACCCUCGUGUAACGUACACCCCGGCGAGUCGAAACAAUCGAAUGGAGACGGGAAACAACGAGGCGAGGGGUGUUACUACGGGAGGACGGAAAAUUGGAAUUUUUAUCUUUACGCCGCAGUAGAUGGUUUCAAUCGAUUGCGCGAGGGAACUGUAUGUAUAUAGCACCGCACCCUUUGGAUAUCGCCUUUUUAAGCCUUGUAAUCUAUUUUGUGCCCCUUCCCCCCUGAUCAAACGUGAUCAAUUACAAUCUAAAGUAAGCAAGUGCACGCGUCUAUGUUUGUACGCGUUACUUCGUCGAUGACUGAAGGUGGUGCAUUGAUUUGGUCGUCGUUUCCUCGAGAUGAUUCUGGUUUGAUUUUUCGAGCUGUAGAGACAAGCGCGUCCAACGAAUAGAGCUUUUAUAACGUUUGGGUGAUAAUUAGACCAAUGUAAAUAAUGCAUUUUUUGCCAUCUUAUCUUUUAUUACUUGACAAAAUUUUUUCAGAAAAAGACACAAGUGAAGAACCAAGGGUGUCAAAAUAUUUGAAAAAUUUUUUAUACAUUUAAAUAUAAAGAAAUUUUUUUAACGUAUUAUCUCAAAGAUGCUUGGAGGUGAGGAAAAAUCACCGCAAAAACAAUGCUUUACAUGUAAUUUUAUUUACAAAUAUUUGAAACUCUAUAGAAUAAUUGUGCACACCCCUGCCUACGGAUACACAUGGAUUUAAAAAUGAAAUUAAAAUUCACGCCUUUGUACGUACGCAUUCGUCUCCUCGCACCCUGUACUCAACAUUUGCAUAUUCAUCUACACCAGCACAGAUGAGGCCGACGUUACGUUUAUUUUUCUCUGUUAAAGCGACAGAAAAAAUAUUUUUGCCAUAAUUUUUAUCUCUAAAAAUGUGCGUCACCUUUUUCCAAAUGAACAAGAAAGUUGAAAAAAACCUUGCAUAAAUAUUUCGUAAAAAUACAAUUUAAAGAAAAAUUGUUCAUACAUAUACAAUAAUACGACGAAUCAAACAAUUCUAAGCUCACUUUCCCUCGCGAUUGAAUCGUACAAUCGGGUAAAAACUCUCUCAUGCACGUAUACACGAAUUCGCAGGAACAGGAUGUUAAUCCGAUCAGUGUAUCCAUACCACACAGCUUGUACGAGCACACAAAAUUGGGGAGGGGCACUCGCGGAUUCACACUCGCUCAACACGAGCUAUCACAGGGUUCCUAACAUUAUAUUAUACACAUUGUACACACAGAAAAAGAGAGAGAGAGAGAGAGAGAGAGAGUGGGUGUACAGUCGGGGUUGGCAUCCCAAAAGACGGACGUUCGUAUGGAUACAAUAAUUCAGAGGCAGCGAUGUAGAUUACGGCACGGCUCUUGCAUGUAAAUAUAUGAGCAAACUAAACUUGAAUCGAGGCAGAAGGAUACACGUCGAGCCCGUACAUAUAUAUGUAUGCAAUUUUGGGGGAGGGGAAUGAGAUCGCACGUGUUUAGGGCAUACAGACGUAGCCGAGGGGAAUGAACAGCCCACCUGUAUGCCAUGGGCGCGCGAGGUCUGUCAUCAUUAUUAUCAUUUUAUUAUUAUUACAAUAAUUAUUGUUGUCGUUAUAAUUAUAUUAGGUAUCUUACAGGGUGCAUAUACGUGUACCUACGCGUUUUGCGGCUGUAUACAUGUGUCGAGAUUUUACGAUUAGUUACAUAUACAUAUACUUAUUAUACAUAUUGAAUCGUGUACACACGCACGCACGUGGGUCGGUGCGUAUAUUAUA